CUCCUGUGCAACUUGCGCUACUCUAAAUCAUCAUACUCGCGCCUUCAGUCACCUCACAGCCAUGGUUUCAUUCACGACUCUCCUCACCUUCGCCGCCGGUGCGCUCGCAUCGCCCGUCGUCCAAGAUGCCGCGAUGCCCAUUCCUAGCAACUGGAACUGGCAUGUAUCCAAGUCGGAGAUGGGUUGUGUUCGCGGCGGAUGCUACUACCACUUUGAUGUAACGGUGCCAAGCGUGGAAGGCAAGAUUGCUGGUGUCAAGGCACAUUGCAACGGCAACGAGAAUGGCUAUUACAGGAAGGGCAACUGGUUCGCAAUGUGCGAGACUCUCGAGGGUGCGAACAACAGCGUGGCGGCCAAGUUUAGCGAGAGAGAGUCAGACUACAGCGGCGGUCCCGGCCAGAUUCUUGUCAGCUUCCAGCCUGAUGGAACGUAAGUCGCAUAUUUGUCGUGCCCUGUUGUGCUCGUGAAUGACUUGCUGACAUAUUCUGGGCCUGCAUACAACUUUACAGGUUCACACAAGUCUAUCAUGAAUGCCUUUGUUGCGCCUGUACAGUCGUAUGAUAUCACACCUACCGAGGUUUUCGCUGUUGUAUAGGAGAUGGGUUAUGAAGAUGAUAAUCCCAACAUAAAUGAGGCUCAAAUCAUGCCAUCGGCCGUUGUAGACCCUCGGACUUUUCUUAUUAUCACAUAGAUCUCGAGUCGGCAAUGGCCGAAGUAUUAAUGGUAUACAUUAA